AACAUUCCAUACCCCGGAUGUUCUCCAUGUGUUAGUGUUGUUGACCGGUGUCUUCUUUUUGUUUUCAACUUCACCCUUAAUUUUCUUAAUUUUCUACCGAAGCCAUGCAUCGCCGUCGUUCUGGUCGUAGAUCUGGUCCUGGUCGUGGUCCUCCGUAUCUAAGGAACCCAAUGGGACAAAAGUUUAUGGUCAGUCAUUCCACGUUUGAUCCUGUCUUGGCUGAACCUUUCUUCCCCAAAGCAAGAGAACAACCAGAUGAAGCACCCUUUACCCAGGAACUGUUAAAAAGAAAUCAAGAACUCACUCCCACACUACAAGAACAGACUUCAGUUCAAAACUUGAUGACAAAAAUAAACAAUGUCUUGGACAAUCUUAUCGUUGCACCUGAUGGCGCUGAAUUUGGAGUUGAGGAAGUUAGAGCAGUUGGUUCUUACAAGAAAGGCACCAUGAUGUUAGGACACACCGUCGCAGAUCUGGCAGUUAUCCUCAAGAAACUACCAACUGAGGCUGAUAUAUUGAGUCUAGCAGCUAGAGUACAGAAGACGUUGAAGGAGGAAGAGAAGGCAGACAACACCCCAGCUGCAGAUUAUCCAAUGCAAGCCAACGAAGGAGGUUUUAACAUAACCGGAUCAGAUGGAUCUCUUGUUAGAGUACUUAUCACAACUCUGCCCAAGAAUCUACGUGAUGCCGACCCAACUAAGCAUGUCGAUGUAAAGUUACUGGAGGGAGCUUUGGCUACCAUAAGACAUGCAAGAUGGUUUGAAGAGAAUGCCUUUCAUACCAGCAUUCGUGUCCUAAUUCGUCUUCUAAAGGACAUGAGAAAGAGAAUAGCAGGUUUUUCUGGUCUGACUCCAUGGCUCAUAGAUUUACUGGCUCACAGAGCUGCCAUGGUUACAUCAUCCAGACAACCUUUAAAUAUCAAUGCUGCCUUCAGACGUGCCCUUCAGUUACUGGCUUCUGGUUUGUUUCUCCCUGGUUCGCUCGGUAUUAUUGACCCAUGUGAGGGCGGACAAGUGAGAGCACACAGUGUAUUGAGUCUAGAAGAACAGGAUUCUAUCGCAACUACUGCCCAGACACUUCUCCGAUGCUUAAACCAUGGAGCAUAUAAUGAAAUCUUGGGACUGACUAUAGAAGGAAUACCACUAGUUGCUGUAGAUACAGAAGUAACCAGUUGGGGUGGCGUUAUUGUCACUCCGGGGCCUAAAGCUUACGAGAAACAGGAGGGCAAACCUGAAGAAGAGGGUGAGGGCGAGGAAGGCGAAGAUGCGGAAGAAAGUGAGCCCGCGGUACAGGAUGAAGCGGAGGACAAGAUGGAGACUAGCUAAACUUGUACAAAUUCUUGAUUCAUGUGCAGUCGCAGGGAAGAUUUUUUAUGAGUGGGGAAUAGCCCACCUCAGAGAUAUGCUUCGCUUGUCACGCACAAAGGUUUCAGUAUGAGGCUAUGUGCUAAAUUAGAUUUAUUCCUACCGCCUGUCACGAAUGACUGAGCAUUUAGCACGUAGCUUCAUACUGAAACCUUUGGGCGUGACAAUCGAUGCAUAUCUCGGAACUGGGUUAUUAGAAACGGCAAUUAAACUCUUUAAUAGAUUCAGGAUUUUUAUUGGCUGGCGUUUCUUAAAAAUUUUUGGUCUGAGCCAAUCAAGAUGAACGCUGUAGGAGCACGUGACCUGAUGAUUCAUUUGACUCCUAAUCGUUUAAUGGACCACGAAUCACGUGACCUACUUUUCCAACACUCAUAAAAUGUACCAAAAUACUUUGUAGUUGACUAUUUUAAACGUUGUAAAAUAUCGUGGAAGAGACUUAAAAGGAACUUGCAUAAAUGUACAUUCUUUUUUGAUUUUUUUUCUUUGAAGUAUUUUUUUUUUGUUGAAUACUAAGACACCAGCUUCUAUGAUAAAAAUUUAGUUAAGUUGCGAAUUAUUAAAUGUGAAGAACUUUUA